AUGAAAGCAAGGUGGUCGCGCUUCUGGCUUAUCUGGAUUGACAUGUCAGGACGCCGUUCCAAAACUAUCCACGAGCUCCACCAGAAGUAUGGCAGUGUUGUUAGAAUCGGUCCAAGGGAAGUGUCCUUUUCUAGUCGGCAAGCGAUGAAAGACCUUUAUGGAUCCGGGAAUAAGUUUAUGAAAGGCCCUACAGAGCAUCGGUCAAGGCAGAAGCGCAUUGCACAUGUCUUUGCACCGGCAUCAAUUGCAGCUGUAGAGCCGCUUGUAAAAGAACAAGUUCAAAAGCUACUACACUUUCGAAUAUUCGCCCUCGAUGUUGUUGGAUCUGUCUUCUUUGGGCAGAGCUUUGGUGGACUUGAUAACGAAGCGCCGCCCAAGAUUUUGUAUGAUCUAGAUGAGGUGUUUCCCUCUCUUUUGAUCGAGUGGCAAUUUGCCGCCAUUCGUUCACUCCUCCUCGCUAUUCCACACAAGCCUAUGCAGCAUUUUCUGAGAAUCGCCUCAGAAUUCUAUGAUAAAUAUGGAACUGAAAAGUUCAAUGAGUACAUUGCGCGACAUGGCCGUUCUGGGGAUCGCAUCGACCUCCUCACCAAGCUUAUCGCCGGCAGCAAGGACUACGGCCCACUAGACGAUAACGAGAUUGUCAAUGAGACGACGAAUCUAUUUUUUGCUGGAACUGAUACUACUAGCAACACGUUUACAUACAUGUUCUACGAAUUGGCGAAACAUCCGCAGUGGCAAAAGCAGCUGCAGGCUGAACUAGACGAAGCAGUACUUGAAGAGGUUCCAGAGUAUAAGCAUGUUAUGAACCUGCGUGUGUUGGACGCCGUAAUCCAUGAGACAUUGAGAUUUCAUCCCGCGGCGCCGGCAAGUCUACAGCGACUUGCACCUAGUGAAGGAGGUGCAGUGGUGGAUGGAAUCGCUAUCCCCCAGAAUUUUGAUCCUGGCAGAUGGCUUUCUGCGUCUGAAGAUCAUCUCAAUGUGAUGCACGAAUACAUUCUCGUUUGGGGCAAAGGACAGAGAGCAUGUUUGGGGAAGCCCAUGGCAUAUAUGGAACUGAAGGUAGGAACGGCUGCACUGAUAGGGAAGUUCAGUGUUGAAAUAGGUAGCGUCACGAUCGAUGAUGAUAUGGAAAUGACUGAUCAUUUUGCCUUGGUGCCAAAAGGAAAGAGAUGUAUUUUACGUCUGAAGGAAAGAAGCUAA